AAACGUGUUGGCGUCAAUUUUCCCCCCACACAGAGAGGCUCAAAACAUCGUACCACCCGUAGAGCGUCGGUAGCGACCAAACUCCAUCAAGCGACCCUUCCACCCUUUCAAUACUAGAACCUUUCAAUCUCACAACUGACUGACUCGACUCGCGCCAAGGUGCAUCGUUGUGUUACCGCUCUCCUCAGCAGACACCACCUAUCAAUAGACGAGCAAUAUCAGUUCCGCCAAACCAUCGAUAUUCAAGCAAUGACCAUCCAACAGAUCAAUCCAAUCUUCCGGUCGUUUGACGAAACCAAAGCCAAAGAGUUUUAUGUGGACUAUUUGGGAUUCAAAGUCACCUUUGAACAUCGUUUUGAUCCGGAUGCCCCCCUCUACCUUGGCCUACAGCUGCCACCUGAUGAUGGCAAAGAAGCUCUGUUUGAGUUGCACUUGAGCGAACAUCAUGGAGAUGCCUGUCCGGGAUCCACUAUUCGCAUACAAAUAGACAACAUCGAUGCUCUACAUGAAACCUUGGCGUCCAAGAAGUACAAAUAUGCCAGACCCUCCAUUGAGCAACAACCAUGGGGCUUUCGUGAAGUCAAAGUCACGGAUCCUUUUGGAAAUAAGAUUAUCUUUUGCCAACCUAGCUAGUAAUACAGAUAGAUGGUGAUCAGACUACGAUAUGAAUGAAGCAAUACUGUAGGAACUCCAGUGUUGGUGCUGACCAUUGUAGGGAUUCCAGUGCUGAAGA